UGCUAGUUUUGGAUUUUACUACAUCAGAAAUGACGGAUAAAGAUUUGUUUGAUCAACUACAAAAAAAUGGAACCGCUUGUAAAGAAGGAACAUGUAGAGAGACCGACUUAAUUUGUGAAUGCUUUCUGACUGUAAACCAUAAACUUAGUAUGAUUUACAAAGGACCCAAUUCAUCACAGGCAAUACUGUUAAAGCCAUUAAAUGGACGGGCUGUUAACUAUCUUACUGGACAGACAUACGAUCAACAAAUAGAAGACACAUUUGUUUUAGCGGAUGGAAAUCACUCAAAAAUAGUUAUAUUACUAAAUGGACGAUUUCCUGGACCUCCCAUUACUGCGUAUGAAUAUCAAGAUAUAAUUGUACACGUUCGUAACCUGUUGCAUACGGAUGCUGUUACCAUUCACUGGCAUGGUAUGCAACAGAAAGGUACACCUUGGUCCGAUGGGGUAGCCUUUGUUUCCCAAUGUCCUAUACUACCAGGGCAAAAUGUCACAUACAAGUUCAAAGGAAAACCGUUUGGAACCAGUUUUUACCAUGCCCAUAUUGGGGAUCAAAGGACAAUGGGUCUGUAUGGACCGUUGAUUAUUCUUCCACUGAGUGGUCAAAAUAUUUCGCAGCCCCAAAAAGGAAGCAAUGUAUUUGUAGUAGCUAUACAAGACUGGAAUCAUAAUGACGAUGCCGAUGUUCUGUACCAGAAAAUGUUGGUAGGUGAUUACGACAUGAACACAGGACGUCUAUAUAACACAACGUCAGACUUAUCUGGUGCCAUGUACAGUAGAUUCCAAUUCCAUUCCGGUCUUAUUAAUGGUCGUGGGCGUUUUUAUAUUACACAUAACCAAACCAAUGGCUCUCCACUUACAAAAUUUGUAGUACAAAGUAAUCAGACUUACAGAUUCCGAGUAAUAAGUGCAGCUACGUUAUAUCCGUUUCGCGUUUUUGUCCAGCAACAUCAACCAAUAUACAUAGUCGCAUCAGAUGGUUUUGAAAUAGAAAAGGUACCAGUUGAAUCCUUCAUAAUCCAUCCUGGUGAAAGGAUCGAUUUUUUAAUGGUUGCUAACCAAACUCCAGGAACGUACUUGUUAGUUGCUGAAACAUUAGAAGUUGAAGCCAAACAAAGAAAUCAAUAUCAUGUUGCCGAAGCGAUUAUCUUUUAUAACUCUUCGCAAAACAAAAUCAAUCUAAACCCUCCAAAGGUCAUAGAGGAAGUCUGUUCAACAACAUGCACAGUUUUUAAUUGUCCAUUUGAGUAUUACCCUGCAGCUGAAAAUCGAAAAUGUCUCUCAUUAAAUGAUGUCAGGUCCGCUGACCCUAAUUCCCACACAGAGGAUGUCGAAGGAGAUGCAAUUGAACACUUCUUUAAUUUUGCAUUCCCUGGCGAUAAAGGAUACACACCAGGGUCAGUGAAUGGUCACCAGUUUCGACCACCAUCAGUGGGGGCAUACGAACACCCAGAUACAGUCGACUACAACUGUGGUGCUUGUAAUGAAACCACUAUUUGUGAAUGCACGUAUGCUGUAACAUUAGAUAGUCCCAACAAGGACAAGAUUUACCAAUUUGUGUUGACUAAUAUCGGAAACGGUUCUGGUUGGUCUCAUCCGAUUCAUUUACAUGGACACUCGUUUUAUGUCAUGAAAAUGGCAUUUGGUAAAUACGAUAAAACUUCAGGCAGGCUGAUUCAAAAUGGAGGUCAUGAAAAUCAAGAUUUAAUUUGUAAUGACCCGAAAAGAUUUUGUUCUUAUGCAAAAUGGCGGAACAACUCAUGGUCAAACGGAUCCCAUCCCUUUCUUAAUUGGGAUAACCCACCUCAAAAAGAUUCAAUUAUCGUUCCAACUGGUGGGUACGUUGUCAUUAGGUUUAAGGCAGAUAACCCAGGAGUCUGGUUUUUCCAUUGUCAUAUAGAUUUACACAAUACAAAUGGUAUGGGAAUGAUAAUAAAUGAGUCACCAAGAAAUCAUCUAAAGGUCCCGAAUGGAUUCCAAAUUUGUGGAACUGCUCCAAAUGAUGAUGCAAGAGAAAAAUCAACAUCGUAUUUUUGGGAGAUGAUUGGAAUUCUAAUUUAUUCAAUAGUUAUAACGUUUACUCUGGCUUUUUGCUGUUGCAAAAAGAAGAGAGAUUACCAGCCGAUGUAA